ACAUUCUUCAUGAUUAGUUUGAGAUAUAGGGAGAAUGUACACAAAUAGGCCUACUAUAAACUUACCAAGCACUGCACAACACUGAUGCUGCAGACUGAAUAUUUCAAGUAUUUAUUUCAAUACUUACAGUAUUUCUUACCAUAAUCAGUUACAGUAAUCAACCAACAAUGAAAUCAAUGAAACAAAUAAAAUCUGUAGACAAAUAAAAAUUACUGCAUGAAGUACAUACACUUUGACUCUGAAGAAAAACUACUGUAAAAGCAACAAGAAUACUGUAACUAUUCAUCAUCUCUCCGUCUGGCUGGAUCAGGCCAUAUAGCACACCUGAGUGCUGCGUUUUCAAAUUAGCACAUGUGUGCUUCCACACCUGGUGGAUGUGUUUAUCCAAUUUGUUCAUUGGUGUGGUCAUUGGCAAUCCGGGGCUUUGUAAUGACAAGGAAGUAACCUCACAAUCCUUAUCUGUGUCUAAGAUUCAGUGAUCCUGAUCAACCAGAGCAUGAUCUGGGAGGACGCGUUAUACUACUGCAGAGAUCACCAUGGCGACCUUGUCUCCAUCACCAACCUGGACGAUCAGCGCUGGGUCCAGGAGAGAGCCAAGAUGGCCUCCACUCCCCACGUGUGGAUGGGACUGCGCUACACCUGCACUCUGGACUUCUGGUUCUGGGUCAGUGACGAGACGGUCCGCUACAAGAACUGGGCCCUCCCCCAGUCUGGGGACGACUGCAACAUGUCUGGAGCCAUGGACCGAGAGGGAACUUGGGUCAAACUGAUCGAUGAUGACCACCAGCUUAACUUCAUCUGUUCCAAGUAAAAACCAGCAGAAUGUAACUAAGUUACA